AUGAUUUCGUCUCAGGUGUCGGUUUCUACUAACACAUUGACGACCGACGUGAAAGGCGUUAUUGGUGGCGUAACUCUUCCUUGGCCUGGUAGAUUUCCUCCUGCUUGCGAGGACGUAAAAGUUGGUGACUGCCCUGUGGCAGUGGCUGAGCCCAUUACUAUGUCAACCCUUCUAGUUCUAUCUUCUGCCUUCCCUUCGGUGAACGCCAAAGCCAUAUGGGAACUUCGCGACGAUAGUGAUAGCACUCUUGUUUGCUUCGAACUAACGGUCAAACUUCUAUAAAUCAAGCGAUCCACGUCUUCUGCCAAAGGCAACUUCAUAGAGUGCUUUCUUACAUGCAUGUCAAGGUUUCUUUCAAAUCCAUGCGAUUUAAUAAAUUUCACCGAGUUCCUUGAAAUGAA